CAUUUCCAUACAUUUCGAAAUAAUAAUAAGGAAAAAAGUUUUAACUUUUGAAAUCCGGGCAUAUAUUUCUUUUUUUAGGAUAAAUCAUUUAAUUAAUUCCCACGCUGGACCCACGACAGCGCCGGUUCACGCGACUACCCAAUCCUAUUAAGCUUCCACACAUUUCCUCAACCAUGUCUCCGCCGCUAUCACCGCUCUGUGCGACCAUCGGACCACCAAACCACGGUGGCCUACACCAACACUUUCAACUCCGUGGUUCAUGAUUUGUUGUCUAUUUGCUGAUUUAUAUAAGUUGAAGCAAUAAUGGCGGUGACUCGGAGAAGGAAGCAACCAGAAGACGAAGUACAGCAGCCUCCGGAUACGAAGCCAGACGAAGACGAUGAUAAGGAAGAAAAGGCACUAAAAAAGUCAAAGAGCAAGAACUAUUCGUGCCUCGAUAACUGCUGUUGGUUUGUAGGAUGCGUGUGCACGGCGUGGUGGCUGUUGUUGUUUCUAUACAAUGCGAUGCCUGCCUCUUUCCCGCAGUUUGUGACGGAGGCAAUCACCGGACCUAUGCCGGAUCCUCCCGGUGUUAAAUGUUUGAAAGAAGGUUUGAAGGUGAAGCAUCCGGUGGUGUUUGUGCCGGGGAUUGUAACCGGUGGACUUGAACUAUGGGAGGGGCAUCAGUGUAUGGAUGGUUUGUUCCGAAAGAGGCUUUGGGGUGGGACGUUUGGCGAAGUCUAUAAGAGACCAUCAUGCUGGGUGCAACAUAUGUCUCUGGACAACAAAACAGGGAUGGAUCCGCCGGGUAUCCGGGUCAGACCCGUGAGUGGACUUGUAGCUGCUGACUACUUUGCUCCAGGAUAUUUUGUAUGGGCUGUUUUGAUAGCUAACUUAGCUCGUGUUGGGUAUGAAGAGAAGAAUAUGUACAUGGCUGCAUAUGACUGGAGGCUCUCAUUUCAAAAUACAGAAGUAAGAGACCAAUCUUUGAGCAGGAUAAAGAGCAAUAUAGAACUGAUGGUUGCUACAAAUGGUGGCAAUAAAGCGGUUGUGAUUCCACAUUCAAUGGGUGUUAUUUACUUUUUGCAUUUCAUGAAAUGGGUGGAAGCACCAGCUCCGAUGGGUGGUGGUGGUGGACCAGAUUGGUGUGCUAAACACAUAAAGGCAGUGAUGAACAUCGGCGGACCUUUCUUAGGUGUCCCAAAAGCUGUAGCUGGCCUUUUUUCUGCUGAAGCCAAAGAUAUUGCAUCUGCCAGGGCACUUGCACCCGGUGUGUUGGACUCGGAUUUAUUUCAGAUUCAAACGCUGCAACAUUUGAUGAGAAUGAGUCGCACGUGGGAUUCAACCAUGUCCAUGAUACCGAAAGGGGGGGACACGAUUUGGGGUGGCCUUGAUUGGUCACCUGAAGAAGGAUAUUGUCCGAGUAAGAGAAAGAACGGGAAAAAUGUCACGGAAAACGAGUCAACAAGUCAAGAAUGUGAAGCAACACACGCAAAUUAUGGUAGGAUGGUGUCAUUUGGAAGAGAUGUAGCGGAGGCACAAUCAUCUGAAAUCGAGAGGAUAGAAUUUAGGGGUGCGGUGAAAGGUAACAGUGUGGCAAAUCAUACUUGUCGGGACGUGUGGACUGAGUACCAUGACAUGGGAUUUGGGGGUAUUAAGGCUGUUGCUGAGUACAAAGUUUAUACAGCUGGCGAGAUUGUGGAUAUGUUGGAAUUUGUUGCCCCAAAAAUGAUGGAACGAGGGAGUGCUCAUUUUUCUUUUGGUAUUGCUGAGGAUUUAGACGACCCCAAAUAUGAACAUUACAAAUACUGGUCAAACCCGUUGGAGACCAAGUUACCAAAUGCUCCCGACAUGGAGAUCUAUUCGAUGUACGGAGUCGGAAUCCCAACCGAAAGAGCAUAUAUUUACAAACUCACUCCUGCAGCGGAAUGCUACAUUCCAUUCCGGAUUGACGCAUCAGCAAAGGAUAAAAACGAGGACUGCUGUUUAAAAGAUGGAGUUUAUACAGUUGAUGGGGAUGAAACAGUUCCCGCAUUAAGUGCAGGAUUCAUGUGUGCAAAAGGGUGGCGUGGGAAAACCCGAUUCAAUCCUUCCGGAAUCAAGACACACGUUAGGGAAUACGAUCACAACCCUCCAUCUAACUUUCUUGAGGGUCGGGGCACACUGAGUGGGGCCCACGUGGAUAUCAUGGGGAACUUUCAAUUGAUUGAAGAUGUUAUAAGGGUUGCGGCGGGGGCCACAGAUCUUUCCGCCCAGAUCUUUUCAAGAAUGAACCCGCAACAAGUUGCACAGCCCAGAUCAUCUGCAAAUGGAUUUACUCGUAGAAGAGGUGAAAAAGAAACAGGGACUAGAGUGGACAAUAAAUCUCAGCCUGGAAAAUCACACUUCAACAGAGUGACAACUUCAGGGGGAGUUGAAAGCCCAUCACGGGAUCGCCUAGUUUAUAUAACAGCAUGCCUUAUUGGGCAUCAGGUGGAAGUCCAGGUCAUCGAUGGAACCGUGUUCUCUGGAAUCUUUCAUGCAACAAAUGCCGAAAAAGAUUUUGGAAUAAUCUUGAAAAUGGCCCGUGUAACAAAGGCUGGUUCAUCCCGAGGACAGAAAAACAUUUCAGAUUCUGUUCAAAAGCCCCCAUCUAAAACCUUAAUAAUACCCGCAAAAGAACUUGUGCAGAUUGUCGCUAAGAGUGUAUCUGUAACUAGAGAUGGGUUGAUGAAUGAGGUUCAGCAUGAGGAAAUGCAGGACAUUAUGAUAGAUUCCUCUAUUUCUCAAUCGCGGCAUGUUGACUUGGAAAGAGAGUUGGCACCUUGGGUCCCUGAUGAUGAUAAUCCAGAAUGCCCUGAAUUGGACAAUACAUUUGAUCGCCAUUGGAACAGGGGCUGGGAUCAAUUUGAAGCAAAUGCAGCGUUAUUUGGAGUAAAGAGUACCUUUAAUGAGGAGCUGUACACAACAAAGCUUGAUAGAGGUCCUCAAAUGAGAGAAUUAGAAAGGGAAGCAUUAAGAAUUGCCAGGGAAAUUGAGGGUGAGGACACCCAUGAUCUUCAUCUAGCCGAGGAAAGAGGCAUUCAUUUUAAUGAUAAGUUUGACCUGGAUGAAGAAACUAAAUAUUCAUCGGUUUUCCGCGGGGGGGUUGAUGAUAGUGGUUAUGAUGAAAGUGAGGACAGAUCAGGAUUCAAGAUAAUCAGACUAGUCAACAACAUCCGGAUACAGAGAAGCACAUGUUGUAUGAGCAAAGGCAAAAGCCAUGGUUCAAAAUCUGAGGAGUCAAGUCUGUGGUCAAAUAAAGAAAAAGAAAGUGAAAGUGGUGAUAAGGGACUGAAUGCGACUGCAACUGCAUAUGCCCCUCCAUCUAAAUCUAAAUCUAAAUCUAAGUCUAAAGCUCAGGAGGAAAAGACAACUUCAACUUCAACUUCUACUUGUAGUCAAGUAUCAGAGGGUGUGAAGACACCACAACCUGGAGUUGCUACUUCUGCUUCUGCAUCAUCCGCUUCAGAAUCUGGAAAUGCUUCUCCUGCCCCUGCCCCUGGAUUAUCACCAACCUCAUCAAUGGGCUCUCUCACCUCUGAGAAAUCAACAUUGAACCCUCACGCAAAGGAAUUUAGACUGAACCCAAAUGCCAAGAGCUUUGUUCCAUCAGCAGCACCUGUAAGGGCGGCAUCUCCUCCGGUAUCUGAUGGGUCCUUCUACUACCCUCCACAUAUGCAUGGCAUGCCACUUGGCAUUGGUAUGGGAAUGGGACCCGCAUUUCCGGCCCAUCAGCCUGUUAUAUUUGGUCCGCAGGGAACACCUUUGCAAUCCCCCAGACCUAUUUUCACUCAAAUGCUCCACAGUAUGGGCAGCAAAUGCUUGUUGGUCAACCAAGACAGGUGGUCUACAUGCCAACUUAUCCUCCAGAAAUGCCAUAUAAAGGAAGAGAGUUUUAGGUUGUUGAAUGGAAGGAUUUGAGAUGCUGAUGAAAAAGAAGAAGAAUAACAGAAUUUGGAAACAAGUGUUUGUUUGAUUUACUGAUGAAAGUAAGGAAGACAAGAAACAUAUGGAUUUGCACAAGGGAAAGGAAAAAGCAUAACCAUGCCUAACACCCGUUUGUUUCUUUGUUUCUUUGUCCUAGCAUGUCUGUCUCAUCCUCAGCCUUCUUUUCUUUUCGUUUCUUUUAUUUUCUCUUGUGGGUGAUUUUUUUUUUUUUUUUAGAUUGUG